GGUCCGAAGAUGUUUCCACGCGAGCGGUUGGAGUAGUCGCGAGUAGGUGCCAUGAGAGACGGGCAUGGACACUAAGACUCCGCCGAUUCCGCUCAAGUCGCAGGAGAAGCCUCAACCGAGAAAAGCGGAUCGCGUGGCCGACGUGUCCUUGCCCCCGCUGACACCAUAUCCUAAUCAUCGUUCGUCCAAACACAGAUCGUCCGCAUCUGGUACAUCGUGGUCGCAAGGUCCUGCACCUUGCGCUGUGCAGCAUCUGCAGGAUCAUCGCAAGAAGAGACCUUAUAGAGUGUUACAUAUCGGCGCUACACCUUUAAUGCACGCCUGUCAACAAGGUGACAGAGCAAGAGUGUUGAGAUUAUUGAAGGAACAGGAGGAAACGACCGCUUAUCGAGAUCGUACAUUGAGAAACGCCCUCCAUUAUUGCAUGGACGCGGGUACCGGUGGUGCCGUUGCCGCGGCGGCACCAGAACUGGUGAACGCUCCUGAUGCCGAGGGGCACACCCCGCUUCAUCUCGCGGUCAUCGCCGGGGACACUCAGCUGGUCGCGGUUCUUUUAGCGAACGGUGCCGAUGUCAACGCUAAGGAUCUCGAGGGGCACAGUGUUCUCCAUUGGGCCACUGUCUGUGGGGAAGCGGAAUGCGUUCGGUUGGUUCUCGCGGCCGGCGCGCGACCUUCCACCCCGGAUUUACGUGGCGGAUCUCCACUUCAUUAUGCCGCUCAAUGUUGCGGUGCGGCUGCCACGGCUGAACUUGCCGUUCCUAAGAAGGUCGGCUUGAAAGUUUUACAAACACUUCUUGAAUUCGGCGCGGACGUGAACGCGAAGGACGAAGACGGACGGCAACCAAUUUUAUGGGCAGCAAGCGCGGGUAGCGUGGAGGCGGUGUUGGCUCUAGCAAGAGCCGGAGGAUCGGCAGCCGCAGGUACUUCGGAUAAAGAUGGACUGACGGCACUUCACUGUGCAGCCUCGAGGGGCCAUGCGAGAUGCGUAGAAGUACUCGUCAACUUGUGCGGAUCUCAUCCGGACUAUGUGGAUGAUAACGGUUGUUCCGCGUUACAUUACGCCGCCACUUUAGGCCAUGCGGAUGCCACCGCUCUUAUCCUUAAACUCGGGGCCGAUCCCAAUCGCCAAGAUCGAAAGGGUAGAACACCAGCACUUUGUGCCGCAGCUAAGGGCCAGUUAGAAACCUUGAAGAUUUUAACUCAGCAUGGCGGGUCGCUUCACGCUAAAACUGUGCGUGGCACAGGGAUAGGACACGAGGCCGUUGCGUCCGGUAGAAUUGAAUUGAUAAAAUGGUUAGCGAAAAAGAGACCGUCAACGUUAGAUAUCGCUACUCACGACGGCAAGACACCUCUUCAUGUCGCGGCUUUGCACGGUCAUCUGGACGCGUGCAAAGUUCUCUUGGAUCAUAGCGCAAGAAUCAAUGCGGUUCUUAGAACCAGUAAGGGUAAUUCGAUGACCCCUCUGGACGCAGCUCUUUAUAGAGGGCACAGAGACUGUGCGAAACUCAUUCAAAUGCAUGGUGGUACCACGGCGCAGCAACUGAGAACGCAUAAGACUGCACCUAACAAAGUUUUUACAGCAAAGGUCCGAAUAAAACAGGACGAGAGUAGCACUGCCAGCGAUAGUAGUCCUUGUAGACGAGGUCGAGGGCACAAGCAUCCCGAGCUCUAUUAUGAAGAGCGAUGGGUAGAAAGAAGAACACGACGAAAAGGUAAUCUGAAAAAGGUGACUCGUCGGGAUAGUCGGAGUUUUAGUGAGGAAGAAGUGCGUCUGUCGAAGAUAUCUUCGAAAAAGGAUGAUAGAAGAGCUCGAAGCGAAUCCGCACGAUAUGACGAUAAUACCAUCAAUGAUCACAAUUUGCAAAAAAAACGAGGUAGAAGAAUGUCGACGAGACAUAAAGAGGAAUAUUUGAAUUCAUCGUUCGAAUCAGAUAGUUGCGAUUAUUCUCACGAUGACAUUGAAAAUGGAGCAGCCAAACAUCGGCAACACGCAAAAAAACAGCACAAGAAGGACAAAAACUUUAAAACGGAAACAAAAAGUAACUUGAGAAAAGAAUUAGAUGAUGAUGAUCAAAGCGUAAGCGAUGACAGCUUAGAGGUGAUCGUAGUGAAAAGAUCAUUGGAAAAAAAGUGUGAAAAAGUAGUAUCUGGAAGAAGAUCGAAGACACCUAGAGAAUGCACAAAGGAGACAAAACUGACCAAAACGCACAAACGUAGCUCUAAAAAAAUGUCUAAAUCCAGCAAGUCAAAAAUAUUCGAUAAAGAUAAGACUACGGUAGGUCGAGAUGAAUCGCCGGACAAGGAAGAAAAAAGUGUUGUAGUAGAAGAGCCGAAGCAUUCUUCGGUUGAAGAGGAAGAAAGUGGCAGCGAGAGGAUAACAGAAUCUCGAUAUCGAAGAGACGCGACAGAUAGUACUAGUCAGGAAACCGUAAAGCAAGUGAUUGUCACAGCGAUGGUUCACAAAGAUCAGAUGCCUGACACUCCAAAGUCAGUGCAGAAAACUACAAAAGAGACGAGUUCUGAUGUUUUGAGAAAUAGCAAGACAGUGAUAGAAGAAACAAAGGAAACUUUCAAAGACAGCAGUUUUUCAGAUAAAAGUAAGGUCGCAUUGCCGCACAAGAUUAAUACGCACGAUAUUUCAGAGGAAAAAUUACAGCAAAUAACGCAAGAAAGUUUGCAAAUUAAUAAAGAAGUUCAGGAUGAAAAGGAUAAAAUAACGAUUCCUGUCAGCAUGGAAGAUGCAAAUAUAAUUAAUCAGACGCAAAGUAAGUUAGAUACAUUCGAGAGUGUAAUACCGAGUGAUAGCACAUCGUACGAAAAGCAAGAAGCAAUCGAAGUAAAGCAUAUCGCGGGUCCGGGUGAGGAAAAUGGAAAAUUAUUAAUUUCUGAAGAUUCGCAGCAAGAUGGAAAAAUUGCUACAAAAAAAACUUUAUUAGACGAUAAAGAAUCGAAGACUUUAAAACAAUCCGAUGCGCAUCAAACAGUAAGCAAUUUGAAAGAAAAUGUCGAAGGUGUACAAGCAAUUUAUGAGGAAGUCAAAGAUGCUGAAUCAAAAGAGGACAAAGAUAGACGUGACGAUAUCAAAUCUUUGCAAAAAAUGCAGACGGAUGAAACACAGAAAACGGAAACAUUAGCACUUACCGAACGAUCGACAGACGACGACAAAGAAAAUUUAGAUGAUUCCGCGCGUGGAAAAUCCGCAGAUUUAUCAUCAACAGAAUCGAGAGUGUCAACGCUGAACGUGGAAGAAAGUUUUUCUCCAGAAAGGACGGGUUCGCCACGUGACAAAAAGUCGGAACGUAUUGAAAGAGACGAUGGAGAACGAUUAGAAACUAAAGCAGGAGAUAAAGAUUUUCGCUACAAUAUCGACGAUAGUUCUUCGAGUUCUCCAAAGCUCUCGAGAUCGGCGAAAACGAGACAUUCGCGACCAUCUACGGGAAGAAAUCUGAGAACAGGAAAGUCUUCUUCAAAGUCAUCGACGAAGAGACACCCGUUUGAAAGUUCUGAGGAGCGUUCACUUCAUCAAAGUGCGAUAAUCGCGGUGUUAGACAGCCCAGAAUGGGAUGAAGACGAAGUCGAGAAAGAAAUCAGGGAAGCUCUCGGGGAGGAUAUGGAACAUGAGACAGAGCAUGAAGAAGAUAAUGAAAUUGGUGUAAUGCGAGUUUUGCCAAGCACUAGUGAGGAAGAGACUCCUAACACAGCUUUGGGUGUAUCUAGAACUUCAAGAAUCGACUCUUUGCCUCAAGUACAAUCAACAACUACCAGCCGCUUAGUUGCGAUCGAAAAUACUGACGGCAGUCACCGAGAACGAAUGUGGAGGAAACAUCGUCGCGAUAGCGGAGGUAGAGACAGUGGAAUAGAACCAAGCCCGAGAAUAUCGAGAAUUCCACGAAGACGAAACAUAAGAUGUUGUCCAAAUACAGCGAAACAGCAAGCUCUCAAUAUGGAGACUAUUACUAGAGAUGUGCAAAUUAGUCUGCGUCGUUAUCAUCUCGAAAGAAAAAUUUUUUUCCAAUUGAUGGAACUGAAAAGAUUACAAAUUCGUCACGGUAGAGCAAACGAACAUGUCUUAGUGAAAAGGCAGAGCGAUCUUUUUCAGGUGGACGCCUUCCACAAAUCAGGAAUGUCUGGACCCACUCUUGGCGUUGCAAAAUAUGAUCGGCCGUUAACGUUCAGAGAAUUCGAAGCGUUUCUGUAUGAGCAAUUAAGAAGACUGCAGGGAAGACCAACUACUCCAGACUUUUGUACCGAAGCCAAGCAAUGCACGCAAAAAACUCAUCGUUGUCAUCACGCAACCAGCGCUUACACCUCUAUUCCAAUAUAUACCUACCUGGGUGGAGGCGUCCCAGAUCGAGCGGACCAUCUUCCGAAAAUAGAGAGUCGCGGCAGGGGGCAAAUGACGGUGGAAGUGACACACGGAGAGGAAAAACAAGUGAUUGCUCUUCCGACUGAGAAAAUGGAUCGUACCAAAAGAUAUUUCGUUACAUUUACUGUAAGGGGUGAAACGCAAGAAGUUGAAAAAGCUAAAUCAUCUUGCAUGAUACAAAGAAAUGCAAAGAGUGUCUAAAUAUAUCAGGCUUUUCUGAUAAUCAACGAAUAGUAAUUUUCUCCAAUAUUUUCUUGGAAAAAACGAUUAAAUUGAUAUAUAAGAAUGUAUAAUCUGAGUCACAUAGA